UAAUAAGAUCAGCCGUCUUCGAUAUAAUCUCGUCGCGUUAGAACGAACGGGGGAUCUAUUUUCUGGCGGCGGAGGGCGCUUCGUAGCGCAAUCGCGGUGUCACGCGGUUGUUGUUGUGACAGAAGUGUGUUGCGGAAUUUGUGUUCCCCGAGAGACUCUCGAGCGUCGUCGCCACCGAUUCCGUCGAGUCAGCGCAAUUGUCGGGAAGAGCGGGAAGAGAGCGUGCGAACAACAAGAUCGAGGGCGAGUGAGCAUCGUUGUGUCGCGAUCCCCACGCGUAAACGGGGACGAUGAAGUUCCAAUACAAGGAGGAGCAUCCGUUCGAGAAGAGGAAGGCCGAGGGCGAGAAGAUCCGACGAAAAUAUCCGGAUCGAGUGCCUGUAAUAGUUGAGAAGGCGCCUAAAGCAAAAAUUAGCGAUUUGGACAAGCAGAAGUAUUUGGUACCUUCUGACUUAACUGUCGGCCAAUUUUACUUUUUAAUUCGUAAGAGAAUCCAUUUACGUCCAGAAGAUGCUCUAUUCUUUUUUGUCAACAACAUCAUUCCACCAACAAGUGCUACUAUGGGUUCUCUUUAUGCGGAACAUCAUGAAGAGGAUUUCUUCCUAUACAUAGCAUACAGUGAUGAGAAUGUUUAUGGUCAUUAAACUUCCUGGGAUGAGCAAAUCGCCAAACCGACAAAGGAUUCAGCAACCAAAAUCUACCAUUUAUCAAUGUAGUCCUCAUAGAUGCUUUCGAAAACUGAGCAUACAAAAUUACAUUUCUCAAUAUUUUGCGUGAGAUUUUAUGUCUUGACACUGCACAUUUGCUUCCUCCAAAGAAUUACAUAACUUGUGAUGAUAAGGAUGCUUCUUGUCGGUUACAUUCUACCAUCUCUUAAAGGGCUUAGUUCAUUGUGUAAUUUAAGAACAACUAAUCUGUGCAGAAUUAUGUGAUCAUGUAUAACGUCUAGCCUAGCCAUAAAAAGGAAAAAAAAAAAAAAGAAAAGUCUUUGUAUUGUCGAUUACCAUUACUAUUUGCUGUCACAUAUUGUGUUUUAUUGCACAUUAAUCAUAAUGUUCUCUGAAAUGAUAGUAGAUAUCAUACCAUUAUAAAUUUAAAGUAUGGUAUAGGAUUCUAUACGUAAUAUUAUUUUCAUCAAUCUAGAUUAGUGUUAUUGUAUUGUACAUGAUUUUAAUGUUACUUGAUCUUGAGGAAGGACGAAGAGAACUUAUUAGACAUGCAGGAGAGAAGAAAAAUUUUCUGUAACGGCUGGGAGAUGUAAGGCCAAUAAAAGAAAUUAAAACGCGAUGAAAA